CAAAUAAACACUGAGAGGGCUGUACUGGUUUGUUAUUGUUAUUAUUGUUGUCUUAUUGUUGUAUAUGCUUAACAAUUUUCCGUUUGGUUUCCAACAUGUUCGACGAAAUAAACGAAAUGUCGCCCGAAUUAUUAGAACUGGACGCAAGCGCCACCGAAAGCUCACUACCCGAUAAAUCUAAGGGUAAAUACGAGGCCGUCUACAAGAAUUUCGUGGCAUGGCAAGCGACACAGAAAACGAAAUCGUUCUCCGAGAACGUCCUGUUGGUUUACUUCAACGAACAAGCGAAGAAGUACAAGUCGUCGACGUUGUGGGCCUUCUAUUCGAUGCUCAAGAGCACACUGAACAUCUAUCACAACGUACACAUCGAGAACUACACCAAACUGUUGACGUUUUUGAAAUGCAAAUCGGUGGGCCACUGCCCCAAAAAGGCCAAGAUUUUCACGCCGGACGAAGUGAAUAAAUUCAUCAAAGAGGCACCGGAUGACAGCUUCCUCAUGACGAAGGUGGCUUUGAUCAUGGGCCUUGUGGGGGCCUGUCGCAUUCAGGAUUUGUAUUCUUUAAAGUUCGGCGACAUACAAGACUACAAUGGGGCGCUGAUCGUGAACAUCCCAGUGAGCAAAACAAAAAACAGACCUUUCACUGUGUCGGGUGAAUUCUAUGUGAUCUGCAAAAAGUACAUGGACAUCCGUCCGUCCCGGUCUAAAAGCUCGGCAUUUUUUCUGAAUUAUCAGAACGGCAAGUGCGGCAUCCAAAGAGUGGGCAUUAACAAGCUGGCCUCCAUGGGGAAACAAAUUGCCACGUAUUUGAAAGUGAAAAAUCCUGAACUGUAUACGGGACACAGUUUACGGAGGUCGUCCGCAACGAUUUGCGUCGGCGGUGGUGGUUAUAUUAUACCUGUUAAAAAGGCUGGACGCUGGGUGUCAACCACCAGUCACGAAACUAAUACAGAUGAUGACAAUAAGUCAGAUGAUGGGAACGAGAUUAUAAAUGAAACGAUUUCAAGCUCCAGCAGUAGCAUCAACAAAAGCAACGAACUGACGGAACAUUCAGCCCCAGCCAUAGACUUUGUUAAUUGCAACAACGAAGACUUUGAGUCUAAUGAUGGUCUGAUGGAAUAUUUCAUAAAUGAAAACGAACCUGACCAAUCAAAGGAAACAAAUAAUUCUCUACAAUCAAUUAAAUCGGAGCCCGAAUCACCGUCUUCGACUCCAUCUCCUAUAGUUAGGGCGUUUCAUGAUCCGGAGGGUAAAAGUAUACAAAAUCAAUCUGGAAAUGAUGAUGAUUGUGACCCCUUCUGUCGCAUGGUUGCAGCCGAGUUAAGACUAAUUAAAAAUCCUUCAAUUAGAAGGAGAGUCAAAACUAAAAUCUUUAGUAUUUUAAUGGAGGAACAAGAAGCGGAUGAUUAAAUAAAUAAAAAGACUAAAUGAAUUAAAAAAAUUUAUUUCGAAUGUUUACUGCAUGUUAUUUGUACAGCUAUUCAGUUAUAACUAUAUAAUUUAUUUAUUUUAUAAUAGGACAAUAAAAUAUACUUAAAAAUUAACGUUUAUAAUACUUAUAAAAAU